UUCAGCCCUUUCUCUCUCCCUUUGUCUUGCAGUCGCACCCAUGGAAGUGACCAUUCGUGAACGAACCAAAGACACAUUUGAAUGUGUGACUGAAGCCAAUCCAAAUGCAGACAUUACCUGGAGCAGAUCAGACAACUCAUGGCCUCAGUCUGCUGUCAGAGUGGAGGGUGCAACACUACAGUUUCUGAGCAUGACCUCUAACCUGAAUGGCCUCUACCAGUGUGAAGCAUCUAACACUUAUGGAACAACACGUGGUCACCUCUAUGUGCAUGUGACUUCAGGGUCCUGCAUUGUUGGUUGGACCUUAUUUGGUAUUUUGCUUUUCCUGAAUGUUGCUGCUGCAGUGUGGUAUCUGUAUAAAUCCGGGAAAUUUCAAAGUAUGGGAAAAUGUACAAGCAGAAGGACGCCGUUGGAAGCUGAUAGGGGUCAGGAAGGCGUAGCUGAAGCAGUGAGUCUACAUGCAGAAGAAUCUCUUGGAAACAACAGGAUGGAGCAGUGACUGAUUUACAGGCUCCACAUCAAACAACCUUCCUCACUCAGCUGGUUAGUGAACAGAUGAAGCAGUCACCAACCGUUCAAUCAAAUGUCAUUACUUUGGUAAUGUCUACUCCUAGGAUCAAUAAUUUUUGGUUUAGUUUUCAACAAAUCCAUCAAGGUCUAUAAACAAAGUGCAACACAACAGGAAUGAAGACUGCAAACUGCAAGUAGAGCUUUCAGUUAGGUUAACAGCCUUUCCGUCAGUGGCAUAUGUCUGUAGGAUGUGGCUUUAACCGUCUGCUUUAACUGUCAAAGUCACUGAGAGGCAUAUGUAUGUUUGCCCAACAGCAUUAACUGCUGAUAAUAGCAGAGGAUUAUGAAGUAUAUUUACAUGCACACAAGAAACUUCUUUACUCGCUAGUUAGACUUUAUCUUUUUUUUAAAUCUUGUUUUAUCACUAAACAUCACAUUUUAUUAUCUAUUAUCUAUUUUUGUAGACUAGUAGCCUAUUGACAUGCUCUCAAGGUAUGAUCCCAAUGAACACACACAACAUUUGCUUUGUGCUGCUGAAAUAUUCUCCAACUACUGUCUAAUGGGUCCUUUUAUAAGAAAGAGAAAAAAAUAUUCUCUAUUUUUAUAUUCCUUCUACAGCAGUGUGUGUGCCACAAACCUAUCACAUGUGGUUCUUUAUUUUGGUAUUUAUUCAUUUUUGUCAUAAAAACAUCCAGAAUGUUAUGUGUUGGGCAGGCUUUAAUCUUUCCAACAUUAGUGUUACGCAGCUGUUGUAUUUUGACCUCUUAGUUUUGGUUAAACUUACUGAACUCAAAGUCAGCCAUGUUCAAGUUCAUUGAAGGUCAAAAUGAAGUUCUGUGUUACAAAUGCUGCAAAUGUUGUCAAGACAUUUCACUAUGAACCAGUAUCAAGCUGCUAAUAGAGGAAACUUUAGAGGACCACUAAAGUUAGUACAUCAUGAAUACUCUCCACCACAAUUUGUGUUGAUCCAUGGGGCAGAUGACAGUAAACACAAACUCUUCUGUUUAAUUUGUUUCAGUUAGACUCAUAGCUGCACAUUAAACUAAAACACAUAGUAACCAAAAUAUGUUUUCCCAGUUUCCCUUAGAAAACUCAGAACACUGUACUGUAGUGCUUAAAAACUCCUUUUAAGGCCUUUAAUAAACAAAAUAAACUUCAGAUAAAAUAGUUUUUUCCAGUGUGGAGCAAUAAUUCGCCUGUGCCUAACCCCUCCUUCACACACUCACCACACAUUAAAGUGGCCAAUUUCCCAUAUUGUUGGAAAAUUUUAUAGCACAUAAAUGGUACAUUUUCUUACAAAUGCGAUGUGUGCUAUUUCUAUUUCUGAAUUUGUUUAAUCAGUCGGUGCAACAUUGAGGUCAACAGCUGGGUUUUUUUUUCUUGGGGAGCAUUAGUGUGAUGCAAAAAUAAAAACAAAGUUUCAGAGAGGCAGCUUAUUUUCUUGAAAUUGUGUUUUGUUGUGUGUUUUGUAGUGUGCCCUGAUAAAUGAAACAUUUUACUGUUUACUACCAUUUAUGUUACUGUUUCUUUUGCUUUAGAUAAGAUACUUUGUACACAUUUAUUUUUUGUGCUUUAUGAUGAACUUUUGCGUUCUUUGUUUUUUAAUUUUAUUUUUUCUGAAAACGUUUCCCUUUUCUCCGUGUUUUAAUUAAAGAUAGACA